ACAUCCUUAGGUCCUAUACACCUCCCCCUCUUCGCAAUAUUAUUCCCUUUCCAUUUUUUCUCUCCCGAGAAAGACCAUUCGUCGUUAUCUUUUAUUAUCGAGUUAAUCUGUGUUCUCAUCUUUAAUAUUUAUGGCGCCAAGAGAUAAGUCGGCCGCCGUCACCACCGCCGUUAAACAUAACGGCAACGUCAAAGAGGUGCAUUUCAGGGGAGUCAGGAAGAGGCCGUGGGGCAGGUACGCCGCCGAGAUCAGGGACCCUGGCAAGAAGAGCCGGGUCUGGCUCGGCACCUUCGACACUGCGGAGGAAGCCGCCCGAGCCUACGAUACCGCCGCUAGAGAGUUCCGUGGCGCUAAGGCUAAGACCAACUUCCCUCUCCCUUCCGAUUGCAUCAACGAGAACAAUCUCAACGUUUUGAAUGUUAACAAAAAGAAUCUUAAUCAGAGCCCUAGCCAGAGUAGUACGGUUGAGUCCUCGAGCCGGGAGCCGGCUCUGAUGAUUGAAUCAUCUCCUUUGGAUCUUAAUCUUGGUCACGGAUUUGGCUCAGCGAACUCCUCCGCCGUUCGAUUUCCGUUUCAAACUGCCCCGGCCGUCGGGACUGUUUACGGUAUGCCGUCGACGAACCAACAAGUGCUGUAUUUCGAUCCGUACGUUCAUGCUGGGUUGGUGAAUGGUCAUAAUCAUCAGCUUCAGCGGCUGAGAUUUGAUCACCAGGCCUCUCAUAACUUCCAUGCCGCUUCUUUCGCCGGCGGUGCUCAGAGUGAUUCGGACUCGUCCUCCGUCGUCGAUCUGAACCACAACGAUCAGCCACGUAGAAUUUUCGAUCUCGAUCUCAACUUCCCACCGCCAGAAGUUGCGUAAAUUUUUUUGGUCCUCGUCUUAACAUAAUCGCCGGAGAUCGUCAUCAGAUUCAGAUUCCGAUUUCGUUUUUCAUUUAAUUUUUAUUUAUCCUAAUUAGAAAAAUAUCAAAAAAGAAACAUAAUUGAGAAAAAGGGAAAAAAAAAAAAAAAAACAGCUUGAGAGAGCAGGUAUUAACGCUUUUUUUAUGUGAAUACACCGCCGUUUAGCUGAAUCGGUUCCUUUUUUGUUGCAACAGUAAAACGACUGUGUUUUGUUCUGUUGUAAUUUAUCAGCUAGUUGUUAAAUCUCAUGUCGGCAAUAUUUUUUAUUUUUCUUAUCAUUAAAAUGAAUGGACAAAAGAAAAUAAAAAAUUAUUAAUCUUC